AUGCCUCCCUCGCGCAACCACCUGUACCACUCUCUAUCGCCCCUCAUCCUGCUCGCCGCCUUCCUCGUCUCGCUCCUCGCCUUCCUCGCCCCGACACCCAUCCUCUCUGACCGCGUCUCGCUCCUCGAGGUCACCACCGGCGUCUCUCGUGCGGCCAAGGCCCGUCGCUGGAUCGCGCCCGACGACUCGAUCGCGCGGGCCUACUCGUACACGUCGCACGGGUUCGUCAAACGCGCCAAGAAGGCCAACUCGUCCUCGACCGCGACGACGGUGCCGGUCACCGUCAAGAUCGGACCUCUCGGCGCUUGUUACACCAACUUGACGACGCUCGACCAGUCGUGCAUGUCGCCCUCGUUCACGCCCAUCUUUGUCGACCUGUACGACGACGUCCUCAAGCUCCCCUCGCCCCUCGCCGCCGCCCUCCCCCAGCAGUUCCCCCUCACGACGACGGCCCUCUUCGUCUCGCUCGCCCUCAUCGCCGUCCAGUUCCUCGCCGUCGUCCUCUCGUCGGCGUCGAUGCACGCCUCGAAGAAGCUCGCGUUGGUCAACAAGCGCCAGCCGACGCUGCGCAAAGCGGCGACCGUGUGCGGCGCGGUCGGGCUCGUCGUCGGGCUCGCGGCGACGGGUGCGCUGCGGGUCGACCUCGGCAAGGCGGUUGACGCGGCGGCCAAGGUCGACAAUGUGCAGGCCAAGCUGGGACCGGGCUUCAACCAGCUCUUUGCUGCUCUCGCGCUCCAGGCGGUGGCAGUCGCGCUCCUCGUCGCCGAGGCGUUCACGUCCAAGUAGCGGCUGCGAGAGCGAGCUGCAACGAAGCGCACCUCCUCUCCUGCGGACCGUCCGCGGCGAGCCCGCACG